CCCUUCCCUACCCGCCGACAGAACCGAGGUCUCCGCACGGGCGCCUACUAUUCCUUUGACCCUGCCACCACCGAGUGCUGCUCAGCGCGAACCAGAACAUUUAAUCAAUAACAAGAUAAGGUGUUGUCUGCGUCGCUAUCACGUCGUGAUAAAACCGCCACUGCCACCGCUUAUUAAAAAUAAUAAUAUAGGUAUACAAUUUUAUUACAAAUUAUUAUAAUGUAACGAAAGCUCAUAAAAGCUCUGGUAUUAUCAUUAAAAAAUAUCAUUCACCACCGCUGCUUACUCCGCUGUCGGUUAUGAAUAGCCAGGAAACAAUAAUAAUUAAAAACAGGUUUUUGUUGACCAUAGAAGAAUCGUAGGUAAUUUUAUUUUCAUUGUCGUAGCAUCUUUAUGGUGCCAAGGUGUACUUACGCACAAGGGCACGGGAAUUCAGCGUCGUUGAAUUCGUAGUCGCGGGACGAACACGAACGCCGGCGCGCACGCGCCAAAGGUGUGUACGCUGGGCGAAUGUCGCGUGCCGCCGCCGUCGCCGCCACUGUCGAUAGUGAUAAUGCACCGCGAGUUUUGAGAGGUUCUUCGCUGCAGACGAAGAUUGGAUGACGAUCAAUUCGUUCCGUCGGUUUGUCUAUAAUAAUUACUGUUGAUAUUGUGAAAUACCGCCGUCUAACGAUCGGCGAAAUGAACGUACUUGCCGGCCACCGUCGGUCUGUCGUCACUGAGCGCGCUCUCAUGUCUCGGUCCGGAUCCGCUACAGGAGGCGAGCAGGAGCAGUGAUGUCAAACGUCAGAAAAACCAAGUUUGUGACCGUCAACGACUACACCUAAGUCAGUCCUCAUGGUGGUGGCCGACAGUACUAUGUUGUCAACAGCCAAGGAGGAGUUGUCGUCCGCGGCAGACGUGUAUCAGCCACACGUCAACGUGGAUGGUAUACCGCCAAUGCCAACGGCACUAGGGCAAUCAUCUACAUUUCCGGGAAGUCCCAUGACUGCCAAGAAGCAGGCUCUUAAGUCUUUUGGUGACAUUCAAAGUCUCCUUGCGGCAGGCUACCAGAGAGAUGUCAAGAAAAUACUGCGGGACAACUGCUGGCCGACCAAUCAUCCUAUCCGAGCUCAACUGUGGCCAGCACUUUGCAGACAACAUGCAUCCGAAAACAGUAACAACAUGCAAGAGGGAUUCUACUGGGAUCUUGUAAGACAAUUGUUUGGGUCUACUGAUCUUCCAGAUAAACCAAUUAUUUUACCAACAUUUGUUGAGUCAAAACACAGACAUUUACAUCAUCUUGAUUCAACAGGCAAGAAUAUUACUGACAGAAUUGUUUGCGUGCUGGGAUUUGCUUGUCCAGACAUCACUUAUAGUCCUGCUAUAUAUUCAUUAACAUCAUUGUUGCUACACUUUAUGCCUGAAGAAGAAUGCUAUAAUAGUCUAACAAGCUUAGUUUCGUCCAAGAACUUAGUAUUUGUAACACAAACAAAAUUAUUGUAUGAAGUUACAUGGAAAACUGUUUUAAAUAUAUGUAGAAAACAUGUUAAAUCUGCUGCGGGGCAUAUUGGGAAACAUUGUCCGAUAAAAAAAUCAGAAAAAAUAUACAUGGAUUGGAUUUGGUGGAUAUUUCAAGGACUACCAUUCCAUCAUGCAGUUCGAGUUAUGGAUUGUUAUCUUCAUGAAGGCAUUAAAGUGUUGUAUCGUAUUUCAAUGGCCAUCUUGCAACUUUUUUAUAAAUACUCAAUUACAAGUAAUUCUAUUUGGGCUGAAGAAAUAAAUAGUCAUGGAGUAGAUGUGGCUUUAAUGAAUUUUUGCCGUCAAAUGCCGGCAAAUCCGCAGAAAGUACUUAAGACAGCAUUUAAAAUUCGAGGUUUAAGUUCAGCAUAUAUUCAUAGAGUUUUUGUAAAAACUGAGAUGAUAUUGAAGAGUAAAGUUGUUUUAUCUGGUUCCAAUAAAUUAAACCGUUCCUGUUCUAGUGAAAAUUUACCUACUAGUCAAUCUCAAAUGAAUAUUCAGAUGUCCUCACAUACACUUACUAUACGUGAGGGAGAACAUUCACCAAGCCCUCGGGCUUCCACGAUGGCCAGUUAUCCAAUUAACAAUAUCAGAUCUUUGAUAGCUAAUCAUCAGGAUCUUUUUACCUUAUGGUCUUGGUUGCCAGUGAGGAUAACAAUGUACCAACCAAUACUCCUUUACACAACUGAAGAGCAUGGCUGUAGUUUGACUACAUUCUAUGUUAGAGUUGAACACCACGAACCAACACUUCUGCUAAUAAAAACUUGCACUAAUGAAGUGUUUGGUGCAUAUUGUUCUUCAAAAUGGAUUGAGAGAAACAAAAAGGAUGAUCGUGGAAAUAGGCAAGCUUAUUUUGGUACUGGUGAGACUUUCAUAUUUAGCCUUUAUCCGGGUAAGGCAAAAUACCCAUGGGUUGGAAUGGAAAUUGAUAAUGUACAUCAUGCCAAUGAGCUGUUUAUGGCAGCUGAUCAAAAAAUGAUAACCAUCGGUGGAGGCGACGGUCAAGCUAUAUGGAUGGAUGAAAAUGUUCGAUAUGGAAAAACAGAAAGUUGUUCUACAUUUAACAAUCCACCGUUGUGUAAAAGUCGUGACUUUGAAAUAAAAGUCUUGGAAGUCUAUGGUUUUGAUGGCGUGAUUCUUUAGAGCAAGUAGCUAUUCAACAAAAAAGCGAUAAGUUUACUAGUCAUAUAUUUUUUUUUACCCAUGGUUACUUAUUUAGUAAGUAAGAAUAAGCAAUUUUUGUAAUAUUAAAUCCAUGACAAUUACAGCAAUUUUGUUCAUGGAUUUUGAUAAUAAGUACUCAUUACUUAGUUAAUAAUUGUUACAUGUUUUGAAGUUGCACAAGUACUCAAUUUUAAUAAACAAAUUUGAUCCAAGUUUGAGUUAUUUUUGAUUAAUGAGUAUUUGAGUAUGCAAAAUAG